UUUCCUCAAGCUUCUCCCCUCUUAAAACCCACCAAACACCUUCAGAAGGCUCAUUUAUUUUCAUCGGCAAUUGUUCUCCAUUUCUGUUGAUUUGGUCCUGUAUGCCAUUAUAAGAUCUACAAAAGGUUCCCUCCCAUCUUUCAUCUGGUUAUCGUUUGGUAACUGAUCGGCGUAGCUUUUUCUCCUCUGAUCUGGUCUUCGGAGAGAGCAGAGCUACUUUACUUUCCCUUUUCCUUCUUGUGCGGCUUUUGGAGCCAAUUCAGAGCCAGAUUUGGGAGGUAGUCGAUCAUUUCCAAUCACUAUGAUCUGCUCCCUCAAGCACUCUGCUCUAUCUCCCACGACAAUCAAUGGAUCUGAUCCGGUUGUCCGCCGGAAUACGCGGUUGGCGGCGGGGAAAGCGUUCUUCUUGUCACCGCUUGGUGCGCCCAAGGGUUUGAAAGGCUCUCUUUUGGUGUCGAAGCCUUUGCAUCUCACCUCAAUUGAGGCUUUUUCACCCAAGGGGAGGAAUGCGCGGCCGCGGUCGAUCGUGUGCAAGGCUUAUGAAGCGGAGCCGGUUGGCGCUGGGGAAGCGAAACCGGAGGCUGCGAGGAAGGCGAAGAUCGGAGUUUAUUUUGCGACCUGGUGGGCGUUGAAUGUCGUUUUCAAUAUCUACAACAAGAAAGUGUUGAAUGCGUUUCCCUACCCGUGGCUGACGUCCACGCUGUCGCUUGCUUGUGGGUCUCUUAUGAUGUUGAUUUCCUGGGCUACGAGGAUUACACCGGCUCCCAAGACUGAUUUCGAAUUCUGGAAGACUCUGCUCCCUGUUGCAGUGGCACAUACAAUUGGGCACGUUGCUGCAACAGUGAGUAUGUCUAAGGUUGCAGUUUCGUUCACUCACAUCAUUAAGAGUGGAGAGCCAGCAUUCAGUGUCUUGGUCUCUAGAUUCAUCCUGGGAGAGUCUUUUCCUGCCGGAGUUUACUUGUCCCUCCUCCCAAUUAUUGGUGGUUGUGCUCUUGCUGCUGUCACCGAGCUCAACUUUAACAUGAUAGGUUUUAUGGGGGCCAUGAUCUCCAACUUGGCGUUUGUAUUUAGGAACAUAUUUUCGAAGAAGGGUAUGAAGGGAAAGUCCGUCAGUGGAAUGAACUACUACGCUUGUCUCUCUAUGUUGUCCUUGUUGAUUCUCACACCUUUCGCCAUUGCUGUUGAGGGGCCACAGAUGUGGGCUGCUGGGUGGCAAAACGCCCUUUCUCAGAUUGGACCCAACUUCGUCUGGUGGGUAGCCGCACAAAGUGUGUUCUAUCAUCUUUACAACCAGGUUUCGUACAUGUCGUUGGAUGAGAUCUCUCCCUUGACGUUUAGCAUUGGGAACACCAUGAAACGGAUAUCCGUCAUCGUUUCCUCGAUCAUCAUCUUCCGCACACCUGUCCAGCCCGUCAAUGCUUUGGGAGCUGCCAUCGCAGUUCUUGGAACCUUCUUGUAUUCCCAGGCUAAGCAAUGAUCUAGAAGUGGGGAAGAAUAAGAAAGGAGGAGGUGUCUAAAAGCAAUUCUUGUUGGGUUUGGUAGGGUUUGGUUAAGCAAAGGUGGAAUGUGGAUGAUGAAGUAAAGGAAAAAAAUGUUUAAUUGUCAAAGAGGAUGGUCUGAAAUGCAGACAACAGAGACCAUGAGGACUGGUUCUUUUUAAUUUUGCUAUACAUUUGUUGUUUUGUAGAUAAUAAGGUGAAAUAGUUAAGAGUGGAAGAAAAGAAAAGACGGUAGGAAUGAUGAUAAUAAUUUUGUGCCUCAUUAACAGGAGCAGCAAGAAGCUGUCGGCGGGAGCGCGAGUAUUCUUCUUCACUUUUUUUCCGCAGCUUGCUUUGCUGAACAGAGUUUGAGUUGAGCUACUUUGUGUUCUAAUUUUACAUUUUUUGGCAAAAUAAAACCGGGAGAGCCAAGAAAUCCCUCCGUAGUCCGCAUUUUGUUUCAACCAUUGCUCGAUUAAAUCAACACAAAUAUAUCGAACGGUUCACUUUUGAUAAACAUAGACAUAGCAACCUAAGAU